AUGAUCUGGGACAGGCAAGUCCUGGAGAAGCAGAUGAUCCUCGAGGAACUGACGGAGGAAGAGAAGCGCCUGAACAAGAUGAUGGAAAUAGAGCGAGAGAAGGACACGGAGAUCAUGUGCUACGACCGCUACAUGUCCAUCUGCAAACCCCUGCACUACGGGACCCUCCUGGGCAGCAGAGCUUGUGCCCACAUGGCAGCAGCUGCCUGGGCCAGUGGCUUUCUCUUUGCUCUGCUGCACACAGCCAAUACAUUUCCCCUGCCCCUCUGCCAUGGCAAUGCCCUAGGCCAGUUCUUCUGUGAAGUUCCCCAGAUCCUCAAACUCUCCUGCUCACAUUCCAGCUUAAGGGAAGUUGGGCCUCUUGUGGUCACUUUUUGUUUAGGUUUUGGUUGUUUUGUGUUCAUGGUUUUUUCCUAUGUGCAGAUCUUCAGGGCUGUGCUGAGGAUCCCCUCUGAGCAGGGACGGCACAAAGCCUUUUCCACCUGCCUCCCUCACCUGACUGUGCUUUCCCUGUUCCUCAGCACUGACACAUUUGCUCACCUGAAGCCCCCCUCCAUCUCUUCCCCAUCCUUGGAUCUGGCAGUGUCAGUUCUGUACUCGGUGGUGCCCCCAGCCCUGAACCCCCUCAUCUACAGCCUG